UUUUUUUUCGCGCUACACACACCUGCAACACUCAUACACGCGCUCCGGUAUUUUUAAACUCUGCUUAUUCGUUUCCUAUUUUCCUUGCUUUCUUUCUCGCUUUUUUUCUGUUCCUUCUCGGCAAUAAUAGCAAACUAUGAUGACGCCAGAACCACACCCUCAGCACAUUAUCCUGCGACAGCAACACCAGCAGCAGUUGCGGAAAAAGAAACCGUAUCCUCCGUCCAUACCUGCCGCAACCUUGUGGGCUACAGCAGAUUAUCCGCUUGCCAAACGCAGAAUGCCUGUUGCCCCGUUAAUACGUCUCUCUGGCAUUGAUCGAUUACCACCACAGCAGCAGCUGCACCAUCUCCAACAGCAACUAUACCCUGAACGACGACCACAGACGCCACCGCCUGCAUACACAGGCACACUGCCACCCCGAUACGAAGACAUCAGCCACUAUUCGGAUGACGAUGAGCCAUUGGCACGGAUACAGCAGCGACGCAAGACCCUCGGUGACGUUACCGGAUUUGACAGAAGAGGAGUUCAGAAGGGAGCCUCGCACAACGAUAACAAAAACAGUAACAGCAGCAGCAGCAGCAGCAGCAGCAGCGACGAGUCAAGUGAUGAAUACGAAACACUGGACCAAGUGCAGCAACGUCUAAAAUCUGCCGGUGCAUACGGUCUCACCAAACAAUAAACAUCCGCUCUCUCAUACGCAUCCUCCGCCAAGUGCUUCCAUAAUAUAUCAUAAACAUUUACUACUUAGACCUAGUAGUAAUAAUAGUAGCAAUACUCUGUAGUACAGCAGUGAGCUAUGCACCCCCCCUUCUUUUCUGUACAUGUAAUCUCCAUCAUUAUUGUCUCGUAAUAGUCUACAUUUUUGG